AUGGCUUCGAAAUAUGCAAGAUACACGAUUACAACUUCAGAAUGGCAUUAUCUAAAGAUAAAAAUUAAUUUUGACCCACCAGCCGAUCCAUUACCGAUUAUAACAUCGCUGGCACUUCGCUCACUGAUAAGUAAAUCAUUAUCAGAUGUAUUUGGAGUCAUUGGAUCUGGUGUUCACGUUGAUAUUUUAUAUUGGAGUGGCGAUGACCGUCAAGGUGAAGAGUAUGUUGGAAUAAUUAGAGUCCCAAGGGACUCGCUUACAUUAUUUAAUGCAACUUUAGACGUUGGUGAUCAAAUUAGUAAAGAAAUUAACUUUGAAGUUCUUGGAAACUCAGCUUUUUUAAUGGAUGUUGUAGCUGUAUUAUGUGUUUGCUGA